GGACAUACUUUUAUAAGUGUAGUUAUUUAUUUACGUUCACAACUACAUAUUUGAUAUCAAAUUUAAGAUUUUCCUGGCUCACCUGCUACAAAUGUCCGAGAGACAUGUUUUGAGACAUUUUUUCUUCGAAAAUAUUAACACCCUGAGGCAACACCACAAUGUCGUAGAAGAUUUUGAAUCUUCCGCCGACUUUACGAGUCUACGUUUGGAAGAAUAUCACGAUAAAUUGAGUAAAACAUCAGAAUCAGAUCUCAAUAAAACUGGGAAAACACUAAGCUGUGAUUUUGAUAAAGUAGAAAAUAGUUUUAGAGGAUUUAGUAAUGAGAAUCUGUCCCAGUUCAUAUCUCUUACAUCUAAAAUAACUGAAGUUUGUGAAGAAUUAGAAUGUACGAUAAAUAGCUUGAUUGAAAAGAAGCAUCUGGAAGAUCAAAACAAUGAUUAUCAUGAUGCAGUCCGUUUAGAACUAGAAGAAACUAUUCAGGAAGACGAAUUGCUCGAUAGUUCUCCAGAAAAAACGAACAGGGGUAGUGUAGAAAGUAAUUUUAAAGGAUUUUCCUGUACAGAGUUAACUGAAUCCACUUCAGGAACAACUAGGUUAACAGAAGUAUGUCAAAAAUUUGAAAAUACAAUAAAUAGUCUUGUUAAAAACAAACGUCUGAAAAUAAACCGAGAUGAAGAAGUAAAUUUUUAUGACAUAGAAUUAAAAGAUAUUAACAAAACUAUCUCUGAUAGUUCUAGUCCAGAAAAUAAUUUUAAAGGGCUUUCUCAUAGGGAUCUGGCACAUUCCAUAUCUGGAACAUACAGGGUGAUGGAGGUUUGUCGAAAACUGGAAGAUACGAUUGACUGGUUGGUGGAAAACAAACAUAUAAGAUCGAAUGAUGUAAAAUCGAAGUAUUGGACCAAGCAACAGGAACAAAUUCUGAGUAAGCUGGAACUUAGUAGUAUGGACUUGAAGGCCAGGAGUCGUCGGAAGUUAAAAAAAGAAAAACACAAGAAGAAUGGGACUGUAACUGUUGAAAAUGGCAUCGAGACAAGUGAAGUCAAGGUGGAAAAAUCAGAUAACCCUUCGCCUUCAGACAAAGAAUUCCACGAUAACAAGAACGUUUCACCAAUAAAAAUGGAAGCAGGGGAACCAAAAACGGAAUCAGGCAGCUCUAAUACUCCGAAAAAGAAACGAGUCGCAUACCCUUUUGUACCUCCCCGUUCUCCUCAUAACCUAAUAGAAGAGCUACUCUACCACGAUCCAUGGUCACUGCUCGUAGCUACCAUAUUCCUGAACAAAACGUCGUGCAGCGCUGCCAGACCCUUCGUUUUUUGGUUUCUAGAUGAAAAUCCAAAUCCACACGUCGUUCUGAAGAAGAACUACGAAGACUUGGAAACCUACUUCGGAUUUUUGGGUCUACAAAAAAUCAGGUCUAUGCAGGUAUGGCGGAUGUCCUACGAUUUCCUAUACAAAGACUGGACGCGAGUCAGUGAACUCUACGGAGUAGGCCAGUACGGCGAGGACGCCUUCAGAAUGUUCUGUUUAGGCGAUUUCAGCGUCGAACCCAAGGACAGAUACUUGAAAAUCUACAAGGCCUGGUACCAGAUGCAAGAAAAACAACAGCGAAUCGAGGAAAUGAACGCGUGAAACGCGCCUUCUAUUGUUCGAACCCAUCUGAAAUGAUUGAAUAUUUGGUUGUUCUGAUUUUGCUCGUUUUGGUUGGCAAUAUGUUUAAGAACUUUAGAAGUGUUCGUAACUGAUGAGAUUUUUUAUUAAUAAAAGAAUAUACAUUUACAUAUGUCAUGUUUAGCAAUCAUUAUGAUAGGCAAUAAAAACAUUUAUAUA